CUCCUUAUGCUUUUAUCGAGUCUCUUCGAGAGCAGAUGUUCAAGCCUUCUCUGUCAACUAUCAUCACAGAGAACACUAAAGUUGCAGCGGUGUCUCCUUCAGAUCCUGUGUAUGUUGCCACCAAAAAGAUGCGUGAACUUCGAGUUAAUUCGGUGAUUAUUAUGACUGGAAGCAAGCCACAAGGGAUUCUAACCUCAAAGGAUGUACUCAUGCGAGUAGUGGCUCAGAAUCUUUCCCCUGAGCUGACUCUAGUGGAAAAGGUAAUGACUGCAAACCCUGAAUGUGCGACACUGGAUACAACAAUUCUUGAUGCACUGCACAUAAUGCAUGAUGGAAAAUUCUUACAUCUUCCAGUGCUGGAUAGAGAUGGCCAAGUUGCUGCUUGUUUGGAUGUUUUGCAACUGACACAUGCAGCAAUCUCCAUGGUUGAAGGAGGUGCUGGAGUUGUAAAUGAUGUGGCAAACACGAUGAUGCAGAAGUUUUGGGAUUCUGCCCUUGCUCUGGAGCCAUCAUAUGAGGAGUUUGACACGCAAAGUGAAAUGUCUGCAUUGAUGGCAUCAGAGUGCACAGAAAAUGGGAAGUAUAUGUACCCACCUCUUGGUCUUGGAAACUUGUUUGCUUUCAAGUUUGAAGAUCGAAAGGGACGACUACAUAGAUUUGAUUGUGGUACAGAGAGUCUAGCUGAACUUGCAUCUGCUGUAAUGCAGAGAAUGGGGCUUGAUGGUGACACAGACAAAAUCCAACUCUUGUAUGACGAUGAUGAAGGUGACAGAGUACUUCUGGUUUCAGAUAAGGAUCUCAUUGGAGCUGUGAACCAUGCCCGAUCGGCUGGGUGGAAGGUUUUAAGGCUGCAUAUUGAUGACUCGGAUACAAAGAAGGAAGCUGCAGGAUCAAAGUCAGAUCUUCCAACAGUACAAAGAAGAGGAUGGUCACCUCUGCAAACUGGGAUCGUGGCAGGUGCGAUCGUACUGACAGGUAUUGGAGUAAUGGUGUACUUGAAACGAUCCAAGGUGUGAUUUCUCUUGAAGGCAAGGAGAAAUAUUUGCAUAGUAGCAUAUACAGGUUCAAGCUCCUGUAUAAUGUGGAGAGCAACAUUCUAAGUUAAAAGCUCCCAGAAUUCAGAGCAGUCAUCAAAUGGCUUAAACCUAGAAAGAGUCUUGUUUUUAUUUUUGGGUGAUACCACAUCAUAUAAUACAAACGAUGCAGUUGGCUGGGGAAGGCACAGUCAAAGAAUGUAGUGAAUGAUUUUCGCAACCAAGUAACGCACGAAAAGGAAAUAAGUUACAAGGUACAGCCAUUCUGCAGCUUUUUACGCGACCUUCAAGCUGGCAUGUCGCUAAGUGCUGGGCAUCUAUUUUCUUCACAUGUUUUGCAUCAAUUGCAGCAGUUUUUUGUCAGUUAUAUAUCUGUCUUGUACAGAUAAAAAGACAUCUAGAAACUUCUAAGAUUCAUACAUUGAAAAAAAAAAGAAAAACAUACAAAGAACAUCGAAGGGUGUGCAAUCCAGCUCAAUGAAAUUGGAGUAGAAAUUUUAAUGGUGUUUUUUUUCACU